AUGAGGCUCAGUAUCAGACCAUCAGCCUUCUUCAGGAUCGUGCCCUCUGGGAUUCAGGAAGAGGACCACGGGGAGCACAAAGCAGCCAAGAAGGGGGAGACAGACAGGGGUCUGCCCUCACAAAGCACCAGGCACAGGGGAGGUGGGGGGAGACGGACAGGGGUCUACCCUCACAAAGCACCAGGCACAGGGGAGGACAAUAGGACCGUGGCAGGCCACGACAGCAGAUUCUGUGUUUUUCUCUCUCUCAGGGAGGAGCGUGAGCGUUGGAUCCGGGCUAAGUACGAGCAGCGGUUGUUCCUGGCAUCGCUCUCGGGGGUGGACCUAUCCCUGGGCCAGCAGCUGCUGAGGGCCACGGCCGAGGAGGACCUGCGCUGCGUCAUCCUGCUUCUGGCUCACGGCUCCCGGGAGCAAGUCAACGAGACGUGUGGAGAGGGAGACGGACGCACCGCCCUUCACCUGGCGUGCCGCAAGGGCAACGUGGUCAUCACACAGCUCCUCAUCUGGUACGGGGUGGAUCUGAUGGCGAGGGACGCCCACGGUAACAGUGCGCUGGCGUACGCACGGCAGGCCAGCAGCCAGGAGUGUGUUGACACGCUGCUGCAGUACGGCUGUCCCGAUGAACGCUACCCACUUAUGGCCACGCCCAACCUGUCCCGACGCAACACCAACCGCAACAACAGUUGCAGCAGCACGGGCAGCACCGCACUCAUAUAAACACUACCGCCCCCUUCAGGAGGCCUCUGGGUACUGCGGCUCGCAGGAUAUUAACAGGCUAAACACACAUUGUGACAUUAUAUGCAUAUUACACACUCAAAAUCCUGACUGAAAAAAAAACUGUGACAUUUUUGGAAGUGAGGGGCUUGGAGAGAGUCUGAAUUGGGAGAAAAUGACUGAACUCUUUUGGGAACCACUACUUCUGCACUCCUAGUCUUAGAGCCCUCGUUGACUUCUUACCCUCUCCACUCUGACACUAAUCUCACACAGAAGACACUAGCACUCCUGUUGCCGUUGAUGAAGCCCUCUGUCCUUUUGGCUCUCUGCCCCACAUCAUGAUGACCCCCCCCCCGCGCUUCGGUCCAAUUGUCAAUUUCCUCACAAGGCCCUCCCCUGUAAAAGCAUGGGGGCAGGAGGUGGCUUGGCAUUACUUCCGGGUGGAGUCAGGUCACCGGCUUCCCCCACUGCUAUCUACCUGGCUGCAUGUGGCCCUAAGCAUGAUGGGACAUGGGGAGGAGGCGGCCAAAAUCACGUGAAAAGCAGCGAAUCCCCCUUCUCAUAUACCCUCUAUUGACUCCCCCUUCUCAUAUACCCUCUAUUGACUCCGAUCUGCAAUCUGCUCCCAGCUUCAACCCAGGCCACACACACACACUAUAUCACUACUAUGUCACUGCUUUCUCCGCUGUACAGAAACAGAGGGCUGCGGGUUUGGAAAGACGUUGGAUGUUUGAAGAAGGCCUCUGUAGCAUGUUGGGGAAGGGGGGGGUUGCUUUUCACGUAAGUUAUGGGAGCUCUACCUUAUAACAUGAGAACUACAAAGAACACUGAUCAACUGAACAGAGCUCCUCUUUUACUCUGGUUCUUCUUUAGUUCUCCACAUAAUCAGUGUUUCCCCUCUCUUCUCUUGAGUAAAUUAUGUGAUCUCUCUCUCCUGUGGAUGUUUAUUUUUUAUUUUUUAAUGUGGAACAAAAAUAUCUUCUUGUAUAAACAGUUUAAGAAAGUGAGAGAAAAAAAUCCUAAAUAUCCGAUAUUCCUUGGAAGUAAAACAGAAAGUGUGAGAGCAUGUCAGACACUUUCUCUUUUCAAUUAAAAAAAAGGUUGUUCAUCACGUCCACAUUGUGUAUAUCUCAUUGUGAAUUGCUGGACCAAUGAAUCAGUUCUACAGAGAAGUGAGUUUGUCAUAUCUAUUAGAAGCCACUUGCCAGGUGUAAAAAGUGUGUAUGUAUUUCCAGGCUCAGGGACCAGAGACGGUCAAUUCUAUGUGAUCUUGAAACCCCCACAAUUCCACUCGCCUCAACAACAGUCUUAGAUGUACAUUUCAUCCGUUCAGAGGAACAGUCCACCUCCAGAAUGUAUAGGAAGCAUCAUGAGGCUCAGUAUCAGACCAUCAGCCUUCUUCAGGAUCGUGGUACGGUUGGUCCACCACACAGAGACCAGGGGAAAGGCUUUUCUGUUUAGUGUUUUAUCCUUCCUUUUCUUUACUUUUAUCAGGUCAUCAAAUACACUGUAUCUGCUGUUUCAGCUGGAAACGCAUCGUGAUAAUGUCUUGUUGCAUAGUGAUCGGCAGAGGAUGGGAGGAAAUGGAUAGGCAGGACUCUGUCAUGUUCCUGUUGAUUACUUAGGUGUGGUGCAGGUAUCAGUUGUCAGGUCCAUACUCCCGUUCACUAACACUGAUCUACAACUGAUCCAGGAACAGCAUCCACGGUGUAAAUGUAGCACUAUUUAUACUAGAUGGGCUCAUCAGUGUUCAAUCUAUUUCAUUUAAUCUAAGAAGACGUUUGUCUGACAGUUCAAUCCAUGAUGGGCUGUCAGCUUUUGUAGAAUAUCUACGAUCUGAUGGAUACUGUUUCUUCAUAGAGUUAGACUGUUCUGAUUCGGAGAAGAGUUCCUCAUUUGUGCCCCUCUGAGUUCUCCCCUUGUCAAGUUGACUGACAUCGUAUAUGACGUCAUAGGUCAGGAUAGACUCUGGGCCGCCUCCCAUCAGGUCUUCUGAGGUACUCGGCAUGCGUUUCCUCCAUCCUCUGUCUGUCAUUGGAUAGCCAUGUCUGUUGCUCCCCAACCAAUCAUACAGUCUCUGCCUCUUGAAUCUCUCGGCCUGCGUCCCAAAUGGCACCCUAUUCCCUUGAACAGUGCACAACUUUUGACCCGCGCACAUAGGAUUCUGGUUAAAAGAAGUUCACUAUGUAGGGAAUCGGCAGCCAUUUGGGAUGCAUCCUUUCUGCUCAGUGACUGGAUAGGAAGGGCUUCUCUGCGUCUGGAAUCCUACUGUGUGUAAAUAAUAUUUUACUUCUCUCCCUCUAUCGCUUUCUCUCUUUUUGAAAAGCUCUUUUGGUGGUGAUGUCAUGAUGUAUCUGAAGGAAGUAGGAAGUUCUUUACUCUGAGAGCGUCGUGUUCUCUGCGGUUUGAGCGGAGGUUUGCCGAUGCCCAUGUGAUGUUUUUAUUGGGAGAAAUAAGCCAGUAAUGGGUUGACUGAACGUUACUGGAAUGUUUAGCAUCAGGGGCUUUCCUUUCCUCCUGUCCCUCUUCGUGUUGCCAACGUCUCUGCUCUGCACAAGUCCCUCUGCCUUUGCCUGUUCUUAAACCUUACUGUGUGUGUGUCCUCGUGUGUGAUAUGAGUCUUUCUCCCCCCAAACCAUUCCUCAGCGUCAAAUGCUCCCGUAUUUAUGAUUGCUUUUGCCCUUGAUGUUACCUCGUGUGUGUGUGUGUGUGUGUGUGUGUGUGUGUGUGUGUGUGUGUGUGUGUGUGUGUGUGUGUGUGUAUAAACGCCUAAUAUAAGUAGUGACUCCUGCCUCACCUGUACAGGUAUUAAAGCAAUAUGGAGGACAGGUAUAGAUGUCCACGCUAACGGUGGUGUUUCGGUCCAACACACACCUUGCAAUACCUGCGUAUGCUGUAGACAAGCCCAUACAUCACACACACGCUUCUCUGUGUCCGAUAGAAAUGUGAAAAGAGCUCAACAUGUUGAGUGUGAUUAACAUGAGAAGUGCUGAGGCAUCAGGCUUUGUCCACAGGCAGCCACGAACACUAAAGUGCACCUGACCAAACCUUUAUUGAACCUUAUUGAACCUUAUUGUUGCAGUAGCAGAAAUAGCAGCGUUAAACCUCUCCCUCGUCACUAGAGGGAUUUCUCCCCCUUAAUAACACUUGUAAGUGAGGUUUUGACUGAGGAGACCAAGUCGUUCUAUUUCUGACAAAACGAUGCACUACGUAUCCAGUUUGAUGGUCUCUCGUCAGUCCUCUCCUCUCAAGGUCUUUCCUGUAGAACACUUUUGCAUGGAUGGAUGUUUGUGUAGAUCCCUGGUCUCUUCCCUCAUAUUGUCUGCUGGCCUGAAACUGUUCCUAUCUCAGCCACUGGCUCUCACACUAGUGGGAGAUAUGAAGAGGUUAGACAUCGUAUUGGACACAAUCCUCAUUGGUGGUCAAGCUGCUCUCCCUUCCCCCUCUGAAGUAGCCAGUGGAAGUCAUGAUUAGCCAAUAGUGUGAGCUGUCCUCCCUUCCCCCUCUGAAGUAGCCAGUGGAAGUCAUGAUUAGCCAAUAGUGUGAGCUGUCCUCCCUUCCCCCUCUGAAGUAGCCAGUGGAAGUCAUGGUUAGCCAAUAGUGUGAGCUGUCCUCCCUUCCCCCUCUGAAGUAGCCAGUGGAAGUCAUGAUUAGCCAAUAGUGUGAGCUGUCCUCCCUUAUAGGUGGGUUCAGGAAGCAUCAAAAAGCUAGCCUGGAAUCCAGAAGAUUUGUUUCAAUGGUGAAACAAACGGAGCAUAUCAGUUUGGUUUCCAGGCUGUCUAGAAUCUCCUCUUUAGACGUGAGACGUUGAGACAUGUAUCAGUGUCCCUGCCAGGGAGAAGAGCACUAUGGGGGACACACUCACCAUGUCAAUCAGUCUGGUGUUACUUACGUACCAUUAAACCAGCCACAGCUCUCCCUUCUAUACAUGCCAGUCGACACAUCAGCUCAGCGUUCACCACAUGUACAUAGAUGUAAUCAACAAACCCUAAUAAACAAACUAUGGUCAUUUGUUUUUGUUUAUUUGGUUCCCGUGUGUAUUUGGUGACCUCUUUGUCGUUGCUCAUUCAUCCUGUAUGUAGCUACACAACCCAACCCGAGACGACUGCCAGUCAAAUGAUUUAAUAUGGUUCUAAUGCUAUCUAGAUAUGGAAGAAGACCUCUCUCCUCCCAACUGCUUGGGUUUGGUUCAGUUAUCAGUCUAGUCCAUCCACCUCUAUUGUGACCUAUCAGCAUCAAGCAGCGUUAUUAUUCCAAUUGUCAUUGAUCUCCUAAUUAUUAUUGUUAUUAUUGUUCUAUUGAGUGUGUCAUCUGUACAGUACCGUGUUGAUACCUAAUAGUCUUCUACUGUAAUGUGUCUCUUUUCAAUAAAGACAAAAUAUGCUUCUUAA